CAGUCCGCGGGCUCUGACAGGAAGCGGCCGGUGCAGGAGGACGCGCACGCCCGCGCGCUCGCUGCUCCCGGGUCCGGUGCGCAGCCUUUCGCAGUCGACCCCAAGGGACGCGUCCUUGGCUGCGGGGAAGGGGGGGCGCUCCAUAAACGCCUUUUCUCCUCUUUCCCUGCUGCCAAGCCUGGAACCUUCGGCUUCACGCGCGCUUCCUCCUUCACUGCGUCCGCCCCGCCGCCUUCCCGACCCGCAGACCCGACGCGCCCCCCGCGCCCGCACGGGGAAUCUAGGAGAACAAGUGAAAUAAAGGACGUGAAAGAACUUUGAAAGCUGUGAGCGACCGCACGGGGAUCAGCACGAUGGUGAAGUUCGUCACCAGCAUCGUCAGCACGGUCAUCGUCUUUACCGCAUCGCUAGAUUCAUUCCAGCAUAUUUUCUGAGGUUUCCAAGCCUCAGAAAUGUCACCUAAGGUAGAAAAGAUGUCGGAGAAUUUGAGCGGUUUUAGCAAAAGCGAAGAUUUGGGGAAUUCUCACCCACGGCUGGUGCCAGGGGGAGUUGGCACAGCCCUCUUGGAGUCAACUUGGCAGCGUGGAGUCAGCUGGGAAGUCUGUGUCCCAGACACAGCACCACCUUCUCUCCACCAGCUGCUCAGGGGGAGGGAGGAAGGUGGUCGUGCUCGGCCAUCUUCCACUCCUUCCUCUCGUGGCACUCCUUGAAGGAGUCCUCGGCCCCAAUUCCAUCCUCCCAUUGGAAGGUACAUUGCACUUUCCUCUUUGCCACUAGAAUAUCCAUCUGACACAAAGAGUUUCGGCCACUGGAAAUUCCAAGUACUUUAAACAAAUCAAUGUCAUUUACAGCAAGGCAUUUUUUUCUCUAUUCUACUAUGUUUUCCUACUUUGAUUCCAAUAAAAAAAUAAUAAUGAUGUCCCACUCCUCGUUCCAUAGAAGAAUGCUUUGUCUUCAUUUCAUGCCUUUUCAAGUUGGAUGGAGAUAAUCAACUGAUUGGUUUCAAAAUAUUUCCUGCUUUCCUGUAAGCUGAGAAAAAAAGCAACAGUCAGUUGCCUUGCGUUAACAUAACUUAGAAUCGCCUGGUUAGCUUAAAGUUAUUUGUAGACAUUUGAAAGUAAAAUAUGAGUUAGAAAAAUGAGCGGUGGAAAUGGCUCAUCUAAGGGUAAUUAUUCUUAGGAAUCUGAACUGGAGGCAUUCUCAGGCCUCACCGACUCCCAUAUGGACACUUGCUUUUCAUUCCUUUCCUGUUUUGAUUGCAGAAGAGAAUGGAAGGGCUUCAGAGGAGCAGAUAUGGAACUAUAGUUGAAGGUAAGAAAGCCUCGCAGGUCUCCGGAGCUGAGGGCAGCGGAGGAGUCCCUGUUCUCUGUCCGCCUGGCCCCCACCUCCAACACACGGAUGGAAACCCACUUGUUUUAAACAGGAGGAGAAAAGGGCAACUGUCAUUUAUUCUCUCCCUUCCCCGUUGUCAUCAAUCCCGCUCACACGCGGCAGUGUGAUGCUGCCCCUGCACACGAUGUGGGAAAUGUGGAAAUGAAACUUCUGGUCUGAAGUUGGAGGAUUUGAAACUGAAUUGUGAAAAUGUUUCUCCUUCCUUGUCUGCUCUCAGCUGAAGAAAAGGAAAAAAGUUCCCCAUAGAGAUUUCGUAACCGUGUUUGCUACAGAACAUCCCAGAAUGCUUUAGGAAAGGGAGGACCAACCCAGAAUAGAAGGAAUAGAGGAAUAGACUUUCGGAGCCUAGAAUGAAUUUAAGAUUCGUUUGGGCUCAUAGGAGCUCAAGAAAUCCUCGGCUCCUCACCCUCUGCAUCCCUUCAAGAUCUUAGCUCUUGGCUCAGUGUUGCCCUCUCCAGCACCACUUUAUUUUAAUAAUUUCCUGUGAUUCAAUCAUCCAGAUAGAUGAUCUUUCCAACACAUGUACAUUUAAUGGUCUUAUCUUCCACUCGUCUUCAGCCACCCAUGCAGAGUCAUCUCCCAGACUUGUCCUUGACAUUAACUGUGACCUCUGUCAUCUCAAUUUCUAGCAUCCAACCCCCCACCCAAAGGGCAGAGACCCAGGGACAUUCAGCUGGUCCUGGGUGGGAGGUCACUCCAGCUCUGACAUUGGAGACUCCCUUUACCCCCAAGGUUCGGAUGUGUGUGUCGAGCACUUCUAUAUGCAUGUGCCUGGGAAUUUGUGAGUGGAAAAGAGGUGAUAAUAUUUUCUCAGUGCCUUCCCAUCCUCUGCCUUCUUCUAAUCUCACAUUUAUUUAGUGUGACACUGGCCUAGGCACCGUCCACGGAAAAGCACAGGGACCACUUUUCUUUCAGAAAAACUGUAUUUUCCCAGGUGUAGAUGAGAUGCUUGGAGCAGCCUCCUUAGCGUAGCACUUCUUACUCCGGGCUGUGGGUCCAGAUGUGGACCCCCUGUGAUCCAAUAACUCCUAACGUUGGAUCAAACUUUUGGAUGUGUUUAGAUGUGAAUGUUUUCCUGGGGACAGAUUCACAGCUUUCAUGAGCUAUCAUGAAGGUCUGUAAUGUAAAACUCUUAAAAAUCACUAACUUGGGAAGAUCCAAAAAUUCUUUGUUUGUAGACAGAGGAGAAGAUAACCAGUUUGGAACGUCGUCCUCAUUGAGGAUCCUCCUGGUGGGCAAAACAGGCAGCGGGAAGAGCGCCACAGGGAACAGCAUCCUCUGCCAGCCAGCGUUUGAGUCCAGGCUGGCGGCCCAGUCCGUGACCAGGACAGUCCAGAAGGCGACAGGCACCUGGAAUGGGAGGAACAUUCUGGUGGUUGACACGCCCUCCAUCUUUGAGGCCAAGGCCCAGACCCAAGAGACCUACAAGGACAUUGGGGACUGCUACCUGCUCUCGGCCCCAGGGCCCCACGUGCUGCUGCUGGUGACCCAGCUGGGGCGCUUCACUGCCCAGGACACGCUGGCGGUGAGGAGAGUGAAGGAGGUCUUUGGGGCAGGAGCCGUGAGACACAUGGUCGUCCUCUUCACCCACAAGGAGGACUUAGGGGGCGACUCCCUGGACGAGUAUGUAGCGAACACGGACAACCACAGCCUGAGGAGCCUGGUCCAGGAGUGCGGGAGGAGGUACUGCGCCUUCAACAACCGGGCCACCGGGGAGGAGCAGAGGGAGCAGCUGGCCCAGCUGAUGGCCGUGAUCGAGAGGCUGGAGAAGGAGCGCGAGGGCGCCUUCCACAGCAAUGACCUCUUCUUUGACGCACAGAUGCUCCAGCGAGAGGGGGCUGGGGUGGGUGGAGGAGACCACAGGCGCUACCUGGCCAGGGUGCAGUUGCAGGUGGAGAAGCAGAGGCGAGACCUGACAGAGAGCGAGAGUAACUGGGUGCUCAAGGCGCUCCUCAGAGCCAAGAACUGGAUGCUUGCUCACCGUGGAAUAUCUGCUGUUAUUGUCAUAUGCACUUUGAUUUUUCUUGCUGUUUUAAUUUACUUGUGUAUUUCUCAUGGACACUGAGCAUUUUCAGAUGAGUUCUAAAUCAGUUUUUUUUUUAGUCACCAUCU